ACAGUUAGAUUACAUUCUCCAGCAAAGUUUAGAUUUCCGUGUAACUUUGUCAUUUGCGUACAGAGCUACUGCCUGUUUUGAAAAUAUUACCUGUUAAACCUUCUGUUUUCCAUUUAAAUUGUAUCAUUUAACUCUCCUUUUUAAUCUUUUUUUUAAAGAACUUGGGUUGUCAAGAAUUCAUAAUGAGCAGCUUUUUUUUCUCUCUCUUACUUGUCUCUCUUCUGUUUAUGAAAAGCUUUUCUGAAGGCCAAGGACAUAAAUGGAAAGGUGAAGGUACAACACAAAACCUGGAAAGCGUUGUCAUUGGAAGGUGUUAUGAGUACACUAGAAUUGUGAAUCCUUCUGUUGGUGAGAAGAAUUGUUCAGAGUUAUGGGAAGCUUUUAAAAAUGCUUUUAUUAAGAAGGAUCCUUGCAACAUUCUACCUACAGACUAUGAAUUAUUUAUUAGCCUGUCACUGCACACAAUUCCGCCUAACAAGUCUCUCUUCUGGGAAAAUAAUCAGCUGCUAGUUAAUAGCUUUUCUGCUAGAAGUCGUCGCUACAUGUCUCUGGGUGAUACUCUGUUUGGCUUCUUUGGAGAUUGGCUAAACUGGUGUGGGCAGGCAAACAGCACUGGACUGGACUAUGACUCCUGCCCUACCACGGAGGAAUGUGAAAACAACGCAGUGGAAUCUUUCUGGCGAAUGGCCUCAAUCACUUAUGCACAGCACAGUUCUGGCGUGAUACAUGUCUUACUGAAUGGUUCUGCAGAAGGAGGAGCUUAUCCAGUCAAAGGUUUUUUUGCAGACUAUGAAAUACCUAAUCUCCAGAAAGAGAAAAUCUCAAAAAUUGUCAUCUGGGUUGUAGAUGAUAUCGAAGGACCUGAUAGAGAUUCCUGUGGAAUUCAUACUGUAAAGAUAUUAGAAAACAGACUGAAAACCCUUGGUUACGAUGUCACGUGCACUGACAAUUAUAAACCUGUAAUGUUCUUACUCUGUGUGGAUUAUCCUGAUCAUCCGAAGUGUGCUUUUUCAUCCACAGCGAUGCUAUUGCUGCAUGCAGGUUUGGAUGCGUUCUACCUGCCUCUGGGCUGCGACUUUCUAGCAGUAGUGCAGAAAAGGAGGGAGGAAUGUACCAGUUCUCCAGUACAACCACACAGUGCUUGCAGUAGAUUAACAGGGGAGCAGCCACUUCGUCCCUUCCAACCAUAUCUGCACCAGCAGCACAAAGAGGACCUAUAUCUUCAGACAGAGGAGGCAGCUGGAACAAGCUCAUGUUUGUUACUUUUGCAGGCUUUUUGUUCAGAUCUGCUUUAGUGUAUUAAGUUAAUCAACUGAAUCCAAAUCGUCUAUUUACUUCAGUUGGCUAUAAAUUUGGCUUUAAUUAAUUUAUAACUGCAGUUUCACCCUAACUCUAGACUGGCAAACCUGCAUAUUUCUAUGUAGAGAUCAACUGCUAAUAGUAUAAAGAAAUAUUCUAUUGCUGCUAAAAAGCCUCACCCUUCAUUUUUAUUUUCCUGAAUAGGAAGAAUCCAUUGUAAUUUCCUCUUGUUGAAUUCUCUAGCAUUCCACAAAGGAUAAUACAUUCUCUCUGUUCAUAUAUUGCAGUAAGAAAAGCUGUAUUUUGUCCAUCCUACAUCUCCCAAACACGUUCCUUAUUCUUAAUAAUCCUAGCAUUUUGGCCUGGAAAACUAAGUGUCUGAUUAUCCUAUUUUGGGAAAAGGAAUACGAAUUCAGACAGGAGAGAACUUAGAUGCUCAGCACAAAAAGCAAUACAAUAGAUGAAAUAGUGGAAAAAUAAACUCAUUUUCAAAAGUAGUAUAGUAUUUUAUAAAGCCAAACUUACCUGAAACUAUUGUACAGCGAGAUUCUGGCUUGCAUACAAUAUUCUGCCACAUAUAGUCAAUUGCUCUGACAUCUACAUAGCUAUUCCUCAGCUAAAUAUUUCCUGGCCACUAGAUAACCAAUAAUCAGUAGUACCAGGUCUUGGAAGUUCCACAGAUCUUGUGCCAUGAUGUGAUGAGUAGCUUUGUGGCAUAUCAAAUUCAGACAAGAACCUGCCAAGUCAGACAGCUGUCUGCUUUCAGUUAACUCACAUGGCAUGUUUCAGAAUGUAUUCAGAAGAGAGCAACUACCAUCUUGAAGGUCUCUUAAGUUGCUUCUAUCGGUUAUCUAAGUGUUCCGGAUACCUCUUCAUCUAAGCGACCAAGACUUAGCUGUCAAGAUGGCACAUAAGUCUUUGGAAAAAAAUAUUUGCUCUUCUAGAAAAUAACUUUAAAUUACAGUUUGGUUUUACUUUCAGGUUAGCUUCUUGACUAUUUAUUUGUGUAUUAGCUGAUUUUCAGGAAACUGGCAUAGGAUGUUCCUGUUUAUCUCAAUGUUUCUGAUUUAGGACUUCAUAGUAGUCCCUGGUCCCUAGUUUUCCGUCCCUGGUAAAACUAUAUCAUGUUGCAUGUUUGAAAGAAAGAAUAUCAGAUAAAUGUUGUUGUUGCUUAUUUGUCUUGCAUCCAUUUCUGCAAUAAUCUUUAAAUCAGUUCCAAUGCAAAUCCCUUUAAAUACAUGUCUACUUGCAUUUGCCUGUGUCACAGUUGGAUUUGGAUGUAAGCUCAAAGGGUUUUUGUGUCUGUCUCAGAAAUUUGCAAAAGUACUGACAUCAGAAGUUGCACACCUUUGAAAAUCUGGGCUGUAAUAUGCCUCAGAAUUGUCCCUUAGCCAUUCUGAAAUGUUAGUCCUUUGAUUAGUUCCUUCAGCAUCCUCCUCCUUUUUGUUGCUUGUUUGACUCUGUCUUUAACAGCAACUGCCAGAAUAAGAGGAGAGGCAAGUAUUUGUAACACAGACACAUCUCAAGUAACUAAAACCAAGCAAUUUUGAUCCAUCUUCUCUUUGUCCACCAUAAAUCACAUCAUGUGUUUGGUUGGCACUACAGGCUAUCGAGACAGGCCAUAUGAGACUCACAAAUAGGUAUCCAAGCCAUCUUUCAGUCUAGUGUUGUUCUACCUGUUGAUCUGUGUAUUAUGGUGUGGGGGUGAUUCUGAGAAUAGCUAAAUACAGUUAAGAAGGCAUAUGCCUCUUAGGCAACUUCCAUCCACGAGCCAAGCAUCCCCCGGCUGGCCAACUUACGCUUUCCAGCAUGUGAAAGCUUUUCAGCCUCUGAAUACAAUCAUCUACUUCAGCAGUGCAGUCAGUACUGGCAGUUACAUAUGAUACCCAACAUACUGUAGGAAAUGAUAAAUAAUUCUAUUUUGAAAAAGCUAUAAAAUACUUAUAAAAGUAGGAUAGAUAUAGUUCAAAUAAUUUGAGGAUAUUUACUGCAUAAACUCAUAUUCAGCCCAACGUACUUGGAAACUUCUUGCAGUAUUUACUUUCUAAUAUUCUUGCCUCCCUUCCCAUUGCUUCAACCAAGUAGCAAAGACAGUAAGGUUUUUUUCCAACAUUCUUUGAGUGAAGUGUCUCAAGCAUUUUGGAAAAGCUUGGGAAGAUCUGUAGAAAAAGGGUAAUUGCUUUUAGCUGCCCGACUAGUAUAGCUGGGAAAAAAAGCAGGCAAAGUUUUAGAUACAUAGUCUCCUCAGAUCUUAAAGGCAGCAAAUUUCAAGCUGAGUAUAGACCAGUUGCUCUGAGUUUAAUAUAAUUGUUUUAAUCAAUGAGAAAGAACAGUGUGACUGGCAUCUAGGGAGCAAAGGGGCAGAACAAGUGUUAGCAAAGGGAGGCAGACGCAAUAAGGUCAUUUGUUAUUCCCUGAGGGAGGGAGAAACAUGUAAACAACAAGUUGGGAACAAGAGCAUCUCUUAUCUCUCCUUCUCUCUUUCUAUUUCUCCCCUUAAAAAGUGCAUGAAUUACACAUAUACUUACACUUGUAUUUUACAGGUAUGUAGUGAGAAUCAGCUAAGUAUAUCUGUGCUCUGUCUUGAGCACUUAGUAAAUGUUCUUACUAGGAAUGCCUCAUGUAACAGCUGUGGCUAACCAGCUCAAUUAGCCAAAUUUGGAGAAAGCAUAAUGCAUAAAAGGUAUCCGCCCUUCUCAGUAAAUACAUGCACGCCUGGUAGUGUUCAACAGAGUGAUUCAAAUAUGUAUUCAACUUUUUUCAGUUAUUCAUACUUGUACUAGGAAUAGUACAAAACCAGCUAUCUCUGAACUGAAUUCCAGGUGAAAAGUAAGAGCAAAUGUUCAUAUGAAAAUACUGUGAAUAUCAUUUCAUCUUCAGUCUAGUCUGAUGCCACAAUUCUAUGUAGAUCUGUUAAUACCCAACUAUUCAUGGUGAAUAAAAGCAUCACGUACAUAAGCAUUACAAGGUGCUUUUCAUUUAUGCAGACAGCCUGCUGGAAGCUAAGAAGUUAGUAUUUGCUAUCUUCAUUCAUUUUGUGGCCCUCUUAAUAACUCCAUUAUAUCAUGCUCUUCAUUCCUACAUAGAAAUAGAUAUAAUCUCUUCAUCUGCUAAUCUGCUUUUUUCUGCUGCAUGACUGACUAAUUGAGAAUAAUUCAUUUUUUUCAGCGUGCAUGUGUUUGGGCAUUUAUACGUGUGCUCACACUCGUGCUGUCUCCUUUUAAAUGCAACUCGUGAGUGCUCUGGAGUGAGAACCUAUGAGAAUAAAGCAAGGACAACUUGUUCA